UCCAUGUCUGAGUCUAUCUUCUUGGUGGCUCUGGUGACAGAACGUGACUCUCCAUCACUUUCCAAGCAGAGAAGAAAUGAUGGAUCAUUACUCCCUCAUCAUGCACCAGCACAUAGAUGACACAGUCUGGUGUCCAAGCAAUAUAGAAGAGCAAAAUAUAACACAUAUCUCAGAAUUCCACCUCAUGGGACUCUCAGAUGAUCUACAGCUUCAGCCCAUACUCUUUGGACUAUUCCUUUUCAUGUACUUGGUCACAAUGCUUGGGAACCUGCUCAUCAUCCUGACAGUCAGCUUUGAUUCUCACCUCCACAGUCCAAUGUACUUUUUCCUCUCUAACUUAUCCUUGGCUGACAUCAGUUUCACUUCCACCACACUACCAAAAAUGAUAGUGGACAUUCAGACUAACAACAGAGCCAUUUCCUAUUCAGGAUGCCUGACUCAGAUGUCCUUUUUUAUGCUUUUCGGGUGUUUGGAUAGUCUGCUUCUAACAGCCAUGGCUUAUGAUAGGUUUGUGGCCAUCUGCCAUCCUCUGCACUACCAGGUCAUUAUGAACCCUCGUCUUUGUGGCUUGUUGGUUUUUCUAUCUAUUCUAAUAAGCCUUUUGGUUUCUCAGCUGCAUAAUUCAGUGGUAUUACAACUUACCUACUUCAAGAGUGUGGACAUUUCCUAUUUCUUCUGUGAUCCAUCUCAACUUCUUAACCUUGCCUGUUCUGAUACCUUUACCAAUAACAUAGUCAUGUAUUUUGUUGGUGCCAUCUCUGGUUUUCUCCCUAUUUCAGGGAUUUUUUUCUCUUACUAUAAAAUUGUUUCCUCCAUUCUUAGAAUGCCAUCACCUGGUGGGAAAUAUAAAGCCUUCUCUACUUGUGGCUCUCACCUGUCAGUUGUUUGCUUAUUUUAUGGAACUGGUCUUAGUGUAUACCUCAGUUCAGCUGUCUCCUUGUCUCCCAGGAAGGGCGCAGUAGCAUCGAUAGUGUACACUGUGGUCACCCCUAUGCUCAACCCCUUUAUCUACAGUUUAAGAAACCGGGACAUCAAGAGCGCCAUAUGGCGGCUCCUCAGAAAAACAGUCUAA